AUGGAAAAGAUGCUGCUAACCAUCUUGUCUACUCAUAUCAUCACCUGGAAGAGGAAUCAUACCGUGGAAUCACAUCCAAUAUCAUCCAACAUGUUCGAAACCACAAGAUGCAUCCAAUCCACGGUUGGUCGCUCGUCCAAUCAGUGCGCGUCGAUCAGUCCACGUCACGCCCAAGUGCUGAGUAAUCCAAAGUAUUUAAUGGCCGAUCAUUGCUUUAUCCUCAUAGUUAAGCUCACCCUUAUAUCUAAGGAGAAGUCAGUCAUGGUCGCGUCAACAUUGGACUACACGGUCAUAGAUGCAUUUACCCCAGAGCGUUUCCGCGGAAACCCUGCUGCCAUCAUUCUUUUGGAAGAGGCAACUUACCCGGAUGAUAGCUUCCUGCAGAAAAUUGGCAGGGAGUUCAAUCUUUCCGAAACCGCUUUCCUGAUAAAACACGCAACCUCCAGUCCGGAUUCUCCUUCAUUCCACAUUCGCUGGUUCACACCUACCGUGGAGAUUGCCCUUUGUGGUCAUGCGACACUCGCCUCGGCUCACUUCCUUUAUACAAAAAUCCUAGUUCCGAGAUCUGUCCCAAUUUCGUUCCACACAAAAAGUGGCAUUGUGACCGCCGGCCCGAGCGCUAAUAAUGGGAAGAUAGAGCUGGAUUUUCCAGCAGAGCCGCCAGUCGAAAGUUCCGAAGCGGACUGGGAAAUUGUCAGGACUGUUUUUGGACUGGACCGUUCCGAUCUCAUCUUUGUAGGUAGGAGCAGGCUGGAUGUGCUCGUGGAAGUGAGCGAAGCAGUCAAUAUCGAGGAAGUCAAAGUGGAUUUCCUAGCGUUGGCCACCCUCAAAACCCGGGGUCUGAUAGUUACUCGUGCAGCACCAGUAUCUUACAAGGACUUCCACUUCAUUUCCCGAGUCUUUUCUGCAGAUACUGGUAUUCCAGAAGAUCCAGUGACUGGAUCAGCUCAUUGCACCUUAGCGGUCCAUUGGUCUAAGAAGCUUGGGAAAGCGAACCAGCCUUUAGCUGCUUAUCAGGCUAGUGCAAGAGGAGGUAUUCUCGAAGUUACAUGGGUGCAAGAAAAGGGGCGGGUUAAGUUGGUAGGAGAUGCGGUAGUUGUAGCGGAGGGGAAACUGUUCUUGGCAUAGGGUUCAAUUUGACCGUACACACUGGAUCGCAUGCUUCUCCCUCCAGCCUUGCGGCACUGAUAAAUCAACAUUAUAUGGUGGCUCGUUUUUCAUCAUAUAAGUCAUCAUCGCUGUCAAGAACUAUUACAUCAUCGGCCUCCUGUUCAUCUUCUUCACUCCGAUAAUCCGCAUUCUCUUCGGUAACAUUGUGAUCUUGAACCUGGCCGUAUUUGCCUACGGCCACGUCCCGUAUCUGCGAUUCUCGUUGCUUGGGUGACAUUCCCUCAUUUUCGUCUUCCUGAAC